GAUAUUUGGUUAUUCCCGGGGAAGCAAGUGCACUUUUGCAUGGCUGAGCUCCGGGCGGAGGCGAGCCUCAGCCCAGCCUCCCGCCUGCUGGGUUGCUCGCGCCUUGGGAUUCGCCCCCUCCCGGCCAGCUGGUCCCGCCGGGUUCAGGCUCAGUUCCGCCCGGCAACAGGCGGGCGGGUACUCACGACGCUCCCAGCCCGCGCCCUCCCUGAAGCAUCAGAGGGGAAAACAGCGUGGCCCUGGGCUCGGGUGCUGGGGCUGUGAUGUUCUCGGAAAGUCAGCUCCAGCCCCAGAACCCCGCGUGUCCGGGCGAUGGGCGAGGGUCGGGGACACCAGGGUUCGUCCCCAGACUCGCGAGCUCGUUUGGUGGCGACUGGGGCUCGGCGCCGCGACGCCCGAUGUGGUCCGGAGGCAGUGGGAAGGCGCGGGGCUGGGAGGCCGCGGCGGGAGGGAGGAGCAGCCCCAGCAGGCUCAGCGCUUACGCCCCGCCUCUGGUGGCUGCCUAAAACCUGGCGCCGGGCUAAAACAAACGCGAGGCAGCCCCCGAGCCUCCACUCAAGCCAAUUAAGGCGGACUCGGUCCACUCGGUUACGUGUACAUCCAACAAGAUCGGCGUUAAGCCGCCGCCGAAUCAUGUCGAUGAGUCCAAAGCACACGACUCCGUUCUCAGUGUCUGACAUCUUGAGUCCCCUGGAGGAAAGCUACAAGAAAGUGGGCAUGGAGGGCGGCGGCCUCGGGGCUCCGCUGGCGGCUUACAGGCAGGGCCAGGCGGCUCCGCCGGCCGCGGCCAUGCAGCAGCACGCCGUGGGGCACCACGGCGCGGUCACGGCCGCCUACCACAUGACGGCGGCGGGGGUGCCCCAGCUCUCGCACUCCGCCGUGGGGGGCUACUGCAACGGCAACCUGGGCAACAUGAGCGAGCUGCCGCCGUACCAGGACACCAUGCGGAACAGCGCCUCGGGCCCCGGAUGGUACGGCGCCAACCCAGACCCGCGCUUCCCCGCCAUCUCCCGCUUCAUGGGCCCGGCGAGCGGCAUGAACAUGAGCGGCAUGGGCGGCCUGGGCUCGCUGGGGGAUGUGAGCAAGAACAUGGCCCCACUGCCAAGCGCACCACGCCGGAAGCGCCGGGUGCUCUUCUCCCAGGCUCAGGUGUACGAGCUGGAGCGACGCUUCAAGCAACAGAAGUACCUGUCGGCGCCCGAGCGGGAGCACCUGGCCAGCAUGAUCCACCUGACGCCCACUCAGGUCAAGAUCUGGUUCCAGAACCACCGCUACAAGAUGAAGCGCCAAGCCAAGGACAAGGCGGCCCAGCAGCAACUGCAGCAGGACAGUGGCGGCGGCGGCGGCGGCGGGGGCGCCGGGUGCCCGCAGCAGCAGCAAGCGCAGCAGCAGUCGCCGCGCCGCGUGGCCGUGCCUGUCCUGGUGAAAGACGGCAAACCCUGCCAGGCAGGCGCCCCGGCGCCCGGUGCGGGCAGCCUUCAGGGCCACGCGCAACAGCAAGCGCAGCAGCAGGCGCAGGCUGCUCAGGCGGCCGCGGCCGCUAUCUCAGUGGGCAGCGGGGGCCCUGGCCUGGGUGCGCACCCGGGCCACCAGCCGGGCAGCGCGGGCCAGUCUCCGGACCUGGCGCACCACGCCGCCAGCCCCGCGGCGCUUCAGGGCCAGGUCUCCAGCCUCUCCCACCUGAACUCUUCGGGCUCGGACUAUGGCACCAUGUCCUGCUCCACCUUGCUAUAUGGUCGGACCUGGUGAGAGGACACCGGGCCGGGCCGGGCCCAGCGCGCUGCCUCAUCGCUUUCCCUCCUGCCGGCCACACAUCACCAUCUGCCCGCCGCUCCCUGCGCUUCGACUUUUCUUAAGAAUCUGUCCCAUACAGACCAAGGGAAAACACACACACACACACACACACACACACACACACACACACGCCAAACUGCUGGACGUCUUUUUUUUUUUCUAAAAUUUGUGGGAUUUUUUUAAAAAAAGAAAAUAAAAACAACCAAGUGAA